AUGUGGGGCCUCAAACAAGUCUGGACCUCGAUUGAUAUAAACAUCGUCAACUAUGUGAAAAGCAUCUUCUCUCUAUCCACUCCUGCUCCCCGACACCAUCCAGCAUUGGAAGUCCACCGGCGAUUCCCCAAUGACCCCUUUUUCACGAGACUGCUGUCCACAGCAGCCCGCUACCCCGAUCGGGUCGUGGUCAAUGAUCCAGCGCGUCACGUACAAGCCGACUACACACAGUUGCUCCAGGAUGUAUCGGUCCUGCGGCAAACACUUUGUGAGACCCUACCAGAAUGUAUCGUGGAUAGGAGUAAAGGAGUCGUUCGAGGCCAAUCGGUGCAGAUAUGUAUCUUGACGCCAGUGAGUUAUGAAUGUAUUCUUGCAUUGCUUGCAAUAGCGGCGAUUGGGGCUGCUGCGGUUGUUCUGCCAACGGGUUUAAUUCCAGAGGAGGCACUGUAUCUUUACAACAAGUGCGAUGCAGCGUGCUUGCUGGUAGCACCCGAGAUGGAAGAUCUGGCCGCGAGCAUUAGGAAGUAUGCCAGCCAGACAAAAAGUGUUAACGAUACGGACGCGGCGUUCAUGAAGCAAGUUGCAAUUCAAGUCCAACAGAGCGUCCCAACCACACACGACGCCAAGUAUUCGAUUGCGAGAACCUUCAGCUUUCCGUCGUGCCAACCCGCCCUGGUCCUCUUCACCUCGGGCAGCACUGGCCCCCCGAAAGCCGUCGUCCACACCCGAAAAUUGCUCUACGGGUUAGCUGAAUCCUGCGACGCCCUGGAUACCGACGUCAUCCUGAUCCACCGUCCCGUAUUCUGGGUGGCAGGUUCACGUCCGCUCCUGUCGAUGCUGCCGAAUGGCGUGCGCCUGGAGAUUUUCGCUCCCGGAUCACAGCCAGACCUCUUGUGGAAUCGGCUGCGCGAGGGCGAUAUCACCAUCCUCGCGUGUCAGCCGAUUGUGUGGCAGGGGAUGAUGAAGGUCUUUGAGGACAAAAUUAGACUGCUUCCUCCUGAGGUAGUACACGAGUAUAUGAGGGCAGCUGAGGGGCUACGGAUUGCUCAAUGCACCGGUGGGAUGCCAAGCGUAGCCGUGAAGCAGUUUUGGCAGGAUCUCCGCAAUGACCAUGGCUUGGACAUGGUCUAUAAUACUACCGAGACUGGGUUACCGCCAUUGCAAACAUCCGGUGGGAGUCCAGCAGACGUGAGUAUCCAUUUCCAUCCAUCCAACCCAGACCGGGAGAUUGACGCCAGGCAGAAACGAGUAAUCGGACAGCCAGUUCCAGGAGUGACCGUGAAACUGUCGCAGGGAACGCAUGGCGAAUUGCUGGUGAAGAGCCCAUACGUUUUUUCCCACUACAUUGGCGAUACCGAUUCGACCAUGGCCAUGUUUGACGACGAAGGCUUCUUCAAAACUGGAGACCUCGCGUACCUUGACAGCCAGGACUACGUGAUUGAGGGUCGGGCAAAAAGUGACGUCAUCCGAUUUUUCGGCUACAAAGUCCUAACCUCCGAAGUGGAGGAGCGACUCAGCGAGCUCGCAUACAUCUCGGAGGCAUAUGUCCUCCCAGUCAUUGGCCCAGAUACAUUCUGUCGCGUUGCAGCGAUUGUUCGUCUGCGAUGGGACAAUCUGCCGGUCCAAGAUGGGAACAAGAACGCUCUUUCGCUAAGGGCUUUACGUGAGGAUCUCUCAUGUUCCUUGUCGUUGUACAAACAGCCAAGCUUGCUACGGAUUCUCAAUGACGAUGAGAGUGUACCAACGACGCGGACUGUCAAGUUUUGUCCUGCCGAAGCUGCUAAGCAGUACUUUCCUUCUGGUAUUGAUUGGGAUGAGAGGGUACAGGUUUGGGAUGUGAGUGGGUUGCAGGAAGCGACGCCGGAAAAGGCGUGGGAUUUGGCUGGGAUGCGGGGUUGA